GAUUUAAAAAAUGCUAUGUCUCUAUAUUUGAGCUUAUUUGCUAUAGCUUUAGAACUAUAUAAUUCGAAAGAUAUCAAUAUCAACAAUAACACAAUUUCAGUACAAAUGUUAGAAAAUAAUCGUGAAAAUGAACAAGAACAACCGAUUCAAGAGAAGAUCAGCUUACUUCAAAAAGAGUCAAUAACACAAAACAAUACAACAAAUGUUCAACAAGAAGUAUUUUCUGAUCUGGAUAUUAGUGAUGUUGACAACCACAUGACUGAUCUCGAUACCUUACUUCAAGAGGAAAAAAAAUCAAGAAAACUCAAUUAUAGCUAA